AGACGCUAAUCUCUCUCACUCUUUCUCCCCCUCUCUGGUCCUUCAUAUCUGUGUAUCUACUCUUUCCUUCCUCUUGUUUUCUCCUUCUCUGUCAUUCUUGUUGAGUUGCGUGCAUUGAGGACCAGCUCGCGCAAAGAAAGUGGCUGCAGUUGUUCAUCAAUAUGGAGCUGAUUCUGGAAGAAAAGGAUGCAGAUGAUUGGCUAUAUAGGGGAGAAGGAGCUGCCAAUCUAGUCUUGGGAUAUUCUGGUUCUUCAUCUGCAUUUGUUGGCAAAGUCAUCCGUGUCCCAAAGGCUUCUCUAAAGAAAUCUGAAGCAGUCACCAGUGCUACAAUCUUGACCACACAUGAACAGCUUCUUUGGAAAGACAUGCCAGAACUUGUGAUAUGCUCUUCAAAAGAAAUGAUCUCCCACUUUUUUGCCCUGCACGUAAUGUGCCCUUUGUUAGGUUACACACAUACUGAUGCAGGGAGGCUGGUCCGAGUAUCAAAGGAAUUCCUUGAGGAAGUGGAGAAGAGGAUUAUUGGCCUGCGCCCAGUUUGGCGUGUUGACGCUGCCAAAGUCAACACAUUCUGUGAUUAUGCUCUUCUUAUGUCUGACCAUUCUUUAUUUUCACACGGUCUGCUGUCAGAGAGCCACUGCAUUGCUGUGGAAGUAAAGCCAAAAUGUGGAUUUCUUCCUUUCUCAAGUUUCAUAGCCGAAGCAAAUGCUAUCAAGAAGAAGGUCUCUCGUUUCAAAAUGCACCAAGCCCUGAAAUUUCAUCAAGGAGAGAUAUCAGAGUUAAGCCUAUAUGAUCCGCUAGGUUUAUUCUCUGGAUCUAGAGAAAGAAUGUCCCAUGCUAUUGAAUCUCUCUUCACUACUCCACAAAACAAUUUUCGUGUGUUUUUGGAUGGAUUGCUCAUUUAUGGCGGCUUGGGUGGUUACUCUGAAGCUACAUGUUCUUUGAUGGAUGCAUGUGAAAGAGGCAAAGAAUUUGUGGGUAUGCUUGAUGGUGUGAUCAAGGCUAGCAAUGAUAUGCGUCUCUCAAGCUUUAUAGAACUGGUUACAGAGGCAUUUCACCAUUCUGGAGUACUAAAUAAGCUUCUUGAGGUUCAAAAACUUGACCUAUUUGAUAUCGAAGGGGCAAUUCAUGCAUAUUAUGACAUAAUCUCGCAGCCAUGCAACAUAUGCAAGAACUUGCAUGAUGAGGAAAUGAUACAGCGGUGUUCUUUCUUCCAUUCUCUUCCAUUGGAGGAGAGCUUAAAAAUCGUAAGGGAGUAUCUCAUAUCUGUAACUGCAAAAGAUUGCAGUGUUAUGAUUAGCUUUCAACCCAGACGUGAUGGAGAGAUGGAUGACAUAUAUGACUCUAUCUAUCUGACAUCAACAAGUCAAAGUUUCAAUUACAAGGUUCACUUCAUUGACCUUGAUAUGAAGCCUUUGAAAAAGAUGGUUUACCAUUAUGAGUUGGACCAGAAAAUAACAAGUUGUUAUCGCAUGCAUAUGGUGAAAGCAGGGGCUGGAAAUUGUGAGUGUGUCCAGAAUGCAAAACCAAGGACUGGUGUAAUUGAUAUCAAACAUGAGCAAUCAAAUAAAGUGUGAUGUUGAUUUUUCUUAGAA